UAAUCAACACUACCCUUAGACAUGAGUUUAUUUUCUUGCUCAUGACAAUGCGCAGGGCACCCGUACGGGUGCAUAACACGCAUAUUUGUGUUGGCUGCUGGGGGGACGGGGGAGCCGAGUGAAUCAAGUGUAAUUGUUAGUGUUGGUGUGUUGUGAUGACAACAAUGAAGUCCAUCCUGAGUCUUGGUCUGGGCAAGUCUGGGGUGGUGCUGGAGGCGCCACGGCCGGCAGGGGGAGUCUUGCCUCACCAGGAGGAGGAGGCGCUGGCCAAGCUGUGGCUCGACAUCACCAAGGCUGAGGCGGGGUGCUGCAAGGUGAUGACGGAGGUGCGCAACUACAGGGACUCCAUCAGGGGCAUCCAGGAGGCCGAGGAGAAGCUGCUGAAGGACUUGGGCGCCUCGGGUUUGACGGCCGUGUCUCCUGAGUUGCGGCAGGCCACGGAUGAAUACUUGUCUGUGGUGGUGGAGAUGAAGGCCAAGAGUGAGGAGGUGAGCAGUGGGGUGCAACAGACUCUCGGGGAGCCGGUGAAGCAGUACCAUGUCCUCUAUGAACACCUCGAUGCCAUCCGCCGCCGCCGCGAUGCACAGGUGGCCGUGGUGUUGAAGUGUCAGGACAAAUUCGACCGACUCAAACUAAAGGGUAAGCGAACAACAGACGUGCUGGUGGAGAGAGACGCAGCGCUGCGGACACUCAAGGAGCUCAACAGUCAACUGCUGAGCGAGGCGGGGAAGUUCCACAACCUCCGCCACACCUACCUCCAGCCCUGCAUCCAAGCCUACGUCCAGACACAGGUGGAUUACUAUGGCACAGCAAACGCCCACUUCAGCAGCCAGAUUCAGGCUAGCCGAGGGGCCCACCAGAUCCCCGACAGCCAGUACGAGGCCAUAAUGGGGGAGCACCUGGCCAAAAUCAAGGCCCUCAAGAUUGUGGCCACCUGAGUCUCUGCCAGUCAGCCAGAUCCAGUCUGAGGAGGAGGGAGGGGAGGAGGGCCAAGGAGAUGGAGAGGAGGGAGGCAGGGAGAGGCUGGCCAGACGCUGCACUCCCCUGGUGGAUGGCCUGGUAGCCCACACUGUGAGAGCCAGACUGUUGCGGCACCACACUGUUUGACCCGUCAUAGUCAUCGUCUGAACCGUCUGGGGGAAAGGCAGUCAUUAGUGGAUGUGCUUGGGGACUUGGGCAGCAACAGCAACAGCAGCAGCACUAGCAGGAGGAGGAGGAGGAGGAGGUGAGAAUGCCUUCCUCCACCCAUACCAUGCUUGCCACUGCUGUUCCUGCCACUGCCAUGCCUCUCUUCUAACAAGGAUGAAGCAAAUAUCAAGUUACUACAGUGGUUAGUGUGUUUGAGAGCCUGGAUCAAGGAACUCUCUAGUACUGUUACAAGAUGGCCCACCAAGUGAAACUGUGAGUGUUCCUUACUACUAAGGUGAAGUGAUUAGCUGUGGUUAUACUGCUACAGCAAGACUAUGUAGAUACCAUUAAUGCCAGGACUGAUUAGUGGUUAAUACUUUUAGUGGAAAGAUAAUAUUUUUUAACUACUUGAAAGGUGGUUAAGAGAUAAAGUCCUAAUAUAUUAAUAAAGAGUAUGAAGUAUGA